GACUCUAUUUUCCCCUCUGACAGGAAACACCUCCCUCUGCCCAAACUGCUUUCCAAUGGUCUGGUCCCAGUGAGAGAGCCACUGUGUAUGUGUGAGCACAGAGGACUGCUUCUGCUGCUUCUCCUGAUGUCAGGCACAGACACGUGUGAGUAGACAGACAGAGAGAAAGAAAGAAAGAGUGUGUGCUUGGAGCUCAAGCACCUCUCAGUGUUUUGUGUUCCCACUUCAUCAGCCAGUGUAUGAGGUCACUGCACCUCUGGAUACGGGACUCAUCUUUCCCCCACCAGGACAAUCUGGACAGAAACGAUGGUUCAUUAGAAAAGGGGUCAAGCUGAAGGUCAAGGUGAGAAAAUAGAGAAGAAAGCAAAACAUAUGAUAAAGCCAACAUGAACCCCAUACGCAAAGACAUGGAGCUGCUGAGUAACAGCAUGGCUACAUACGCCCACAUAACAGAGAACAUGGAGAGCUUCGCGCUGUACUUCAUGUUGGGCGUGUCUUCAGGUCUUCUGCUGGCCCUGGUCCUCCUCAUACUGGGCAUCGCCUGCCGACCACGUUCAAAAACAAAAACACCCUCCUCACCGGACAAGAGACGACUGAAAGAAUCCAGCGAGGAGGAGGAAGACAAGGGAGAGGACCAAAGUGAGGAAGGAGAUGACGAGGACCUAGAAGUCCCAGUGGUUUCAGUGAGUCCCAUGAGUGAUCUGACCCAGUUGAACGGAACCAUUAAGAGUGUGAAUGUGUUUGCUUCAGCGGAGGAGCUGGAGAGAGCCAGGAGACUGGAGGAGAGAGAACGGAUCGUCAGGGAGAUCUGGAGGAACGGACAGCCGGAUAUACUUGUCACCGGCACAGGCACACUCGGACGAGUUCACUAUCUCUAGCAGUUUUUUUUAAUCUACUGGACGCAGUUGUUUCAUACAGAUAUGGAAUGCACCUGGACAUUUAUCUGAGCAAUAGAUUUGGGUGUAACGUACCUUUAAAAUGGUAAGGAUUGAGUACACUCUUAAAAAUAAGGCUUCCAAAGGAAGAUGUUACAGCGAUGCCAUCAAAGAACUUAAAAUAAAAAAAUGUCCUUAAUGUGAAGAACAUUUUAAUGAUCUAAAGAAUUUUUUUUUUCAUUUUUCACACAAAUAACCUUUAGUGCAAUGGAAAGUUUCCAUGGAUGUUAAAGGUUCUUCACUGAGCAACUGAUGCCAGUAAAGAAGCUUUAUUUUUAAGUUGAAUUUUAUCUGCAUUAUCUGUUUUGAAGUUGUUUUCACAACCCCUUGCUAAUCUUCUAAAUUAGUAAGUUUUGAUGAAUCCAUUUAUUUUUUUGCAUUUUUAUAUCUAUAAAUACAUUUUAGCACUUAACUUUGUAUAUAUACUGUAUUUUCUACAUGAAAAUAAAACCAAAGAUUUUCACCCAAUUCAGUGCAUUAUAAAUGAGAAAGUGACAGUCGUGUCAAGAAGACACAUUCCAAAGGAAGAGGCAGCCUUCACCUUCCAUUAAUGCCUGUUCACAAUAAGAACUAUAACUAUAUUAGAGUCCACACCAAACUCACAGUAAAAUAGUUUUUUAUAAGCAUGCAGUGCAGUUAUGUUGCCUACUGCUUUAAAACAACUAAGAAAGAAAUGUGGUUUUGCAACGUACAUACAGUUGCUUUAAAGCAGGGGUUUCUAAGUUUCCAACCCUAAUCAAACACACCUGAACCAGUUAAUCAAGGUCUUAGGUAAACUUCCAUAUUCUCAUAAAACAAUUUAUAACUUUCUGUAUCGUUAUGUUAAUCCACGUCAAAAAGUAGACCCCAACGAAGAGGAUAAUUUAGUCAAAUUUACAGCUCAAAUAACACAAUUUACAGAUAAGAAAUAACAGGAGGCAAAGAAAACAUUUAUGCUUUCAAAACCUCUAUAAUUAUUUAAGUCUUUGAUCUUAAAAAUUCCUUCUUUUUUUUGCCUUCCAAUACUAUACUAAGCAUCAUCAAAUGGAUGUUCUUUGCAAAUGUAAAAACCAACUGAAAAACACAAAUUAAGAAUCUUAAAUGCACUUUACUCACUGCUUCAUCUGUUGCUCUAAAUCAAGUGUCUAAUCCUGCUUCUGGAGGGCCUCCUUCACGCAGAGUUUAGCUCUUAUCUUAAUCACACACCUGAACCUGCUGUUCAUGAUCUUCAGGAUUGGACACACUGAACCUUAAAAUGUGUAAAAACACACAAACAGUCCUGUAGCAGUUCAAAGUAGUUAAGCAAAAAAUUAUACACAUUGUGAAUUUUAUCAUUAAACAGCUUACAUCACAUUGUGUAAUCUGUAUUACCUCUUCAUAAAAAUCACUAAAAGGCUCCAGCUGUUGAGAGCAGCUGUUCAAAUAAUGUGUCUUACAAGGCCAAUGCAACUCGAAACAAAAACAAAAUGAAGACGGGUUUUAUUUCAAAUUCACCAUGGAGACUGAAAGCACAGAGUUAAAAGAUUGUAAAUGUUAACAGAAUGUUGAGUCACAGCAUUACAAUGUCACAAAGCAGAAAAGAGCGCAGCCAAGUCCCCCAGUUACAUGCUUACAGCACAGCGUACAGAGAUCAAUGGAAGAAAAAAACACAUGAUCUUAACAUGCAGCAUGAACUAUUUUAUUAUUUGUUUGAUAAACACAAUAAUGCAAUAAAUGCAUCAUUAAAAGUUUUAUCUUGCAUGUUAUGUUAUCUACAAUUUAAAAUCUGAUGAAUGAGCUUUUUUUUGUUGCUCAAAAUAUAAAAAAAAAUCUGUUGUACGCUU